AUGGGCUCAAUACCCGCAUCUGUCGAGUAUCUCGCUUCCGGGGCCAACCGGCAGACGGCUGUUGCGGAUUGGAGUCGAUGUGGUAUUUUGGCUUUUGGAGCUGAUAUCAAUGUUGCUUUAUGGCGACCCUUGUCGGAUCCUCCCAAGGGAGUUAGCAAGUUGCUCAACGGUCACAAGAGUACUGUCAAGGCCUUGGCUUUCCUCCCUGAAGAAGACCAAGACGAGAACUCUUAUCUCAUAUCAGGCGCAGAUGACAAGGCGCUGAUUGUGUGGAAAGCCCAACGGGACAGUGAAGAGUUCAAACCUAUCCACACAUCAAACGAACACACUGCUGCCAUCAACUGCAUCGCCGCCCUAAGGAUCAAAGGUACUCAGAAAUGGGUUAUUGCAACUGGAGGCGCUGAUGCGUGCAUCAAAAUCUGGAGCUUCGACAAUGACAACUUCUCGCUCCUCCAAAGUGUCAAGACGACACCAAAGUACUUCCCCAUGUGUUUGUCACUUGGUUACGCCGGAGACGCAGAUGAUGUCUUGGUACUAGCAUCUGCUGGCACAAGGGAUAUUGUUCAGAUACACACUACAGAAGCCAACUUUGAAAAGAUCCAUUUCGAGGUGCAAGCGACAUUGACGGGCCACGAAGGCUGGAUUCGAAGCUUGAGUUUCGCCAAGGAGACAACCGCCCCUGACAGUGAUUUGCUCCUCGCCUCAGCAAGUCAAGACAAGUACGUCCGUAUCUGGAGAUUUCACCAGGGUAAAGAGCUACCUGUUGCCUCAGCGAACAGCUCAGACCCCUCAAGCGACGCCUACUUGCCAGGCAAGUCCCCAUCGAACAAGGCUCAUCGCCUCAACUCGGCUGGCAAGGAUUUCUCUGUUACUUUCGAAGCUCUACUUUUGGGCCACGAGGACUGGAUCUACAGCGCACGCUGGCAAAGACAGGAAGACAAAAAGCUGCAGCUUCUGUCUACUUCGGCAGACAACUCACUCGCUAUCUGGGAAGCUGACCCAAGCUCUGGUAUCUGGAUUAGCAUGGCGAGGCUGGGUGAGGUUAGCAGAGAGAAGGGCGCUACAACAGCAACAGGAAGUACGGGUGGUUUCUGGACAGGCUUGUGGUCCCACGAUGGCAAGUCAGUCGCCUGUCUUGGACGCACUGGUAGCUGGAGACGAUGGGAGUAUAUCACUUCAGAGGACUUUUGGAAGCCUUGUGUGGCCAUCUCAGGACAUACCAGAGCAAUCACAGGUGUCACUUGGGCCAAGAAUGGCGAGUAUCUCCUGUCAACAAGUUCAGACCAAACCACACGACUUCACACGCGGUGGAACAGGCCAGGAACUGAGACAUGGCACGAAAUGUCCCGACCUCAAAUCCACGGCUACGACCUCAACUGUAUUGACUCCGUAGGAGCUUCUCAGUUCGUUUCAGGGGCUGACGAGAAGCUCAUGCGAGUCUUCAGUGAGCCCAAGGCUGUAGCCUCAAUGCUCAACCGCCUUGCGGGCAUUGGCGGUGGUAUGGACGUUGAGAAUAUGCCUGACGCUGCCAACAUGCCCGUCCUGGGUCUAUCAAACAAAGCCAUCGACACCGUGGAGGACGACCAGGAGAUUCAGCCCAUUGACGACCGGGACCGUGAAGCCAUGGACCCGGCAUCCAUUGUAAAGAAGUCACACUUGGAAAUUGACCACCCCCCCUUUGAGGAGACACUCUCACGCCAUACUUUGUGGCCAGAGACUGAGAAGCUUUAUGGCCAUGGUUAUGAAAUCUCUUGUCUGGCAGCUAGCCACGACGGAACUCUCGUCGCCAGUGCAUGCAAGGCCAGCUCGACCAACCACGCCGUCAUCCGUCUGUUUGAAACAACCCGAUGGACUGAGCUCCGGCCACCCCUGACCGCACAUUCUCUUACAGCCACUCGCCUACGAUUCUCUCUUGACGACCAGUUCCUCCUGAGCGUUGGCCGUGAUCGUCAAUGGGCCGUGUUCAACCGCGCACCCGAGGAAGACGCUGCGUACAAACUCCUCCAGAUUAACCCCAAGGGCCACACACGUAUGGUUCUUGAUGCAGCCUGGGCGCCUUCUCCAUCUUCAGCCCCUGUGUUUGCAACCGCUGGCCGUGAUAAGCAAGUUCGCAUCUGGGCAGCUAAGCCCAACGAAGAAGGAAAGUUGCAGUUCACGCAGACAGCUUCUAUUGCAUCUGCUUCGCCCGUCACAUCUGUUGAUUUCAUUCCUCAAGUUGUUGAAGGAAGGUUUGUCCUGGCCGUUGGUACGGAACUCGGACGACUGAGUUUGUGUCUGAUCAAGGACGAUGGAACAGAUGUUGUCGAGAAGCCCGCUUGUGAAGAGCUGUACACCAACUUGCUUGGCGUCCUGUUACGAGAGAAGGUUCUGACAGGCCAUACGAGCUAG